AUGUUGGAUGUGAGGUUAAUCGGCCCAAAACUCGGCCAGUUCCUAAGGCCAUUGAUACUGAUUGUUCUCUUCAUAUCGGACUUGGUACUUUCUAGGGCUUCUGGUACGUUUUUUUACUUUUUGGUUUACCCUGCCCAGCUCUAGACCGAGGCCCUAGCCUAGUGCUCUAGCCUAGAGCCCUAGCCCAGAGCCCUAGCACAGUGCCCUAGCCCUAGCCCACAGCCCUAGCCAAGAGCCCUAGCCCAGAGCCCUAGCCUAGAGCCCUAGCUCAGAGUCCUAGACCAGACCCCACUAGCUCCCUAGUCUACUAUUUAGAUUCCUAGCUCUCUAGUUUCCUAGCUUCUUAUCCGUCUAGUCUCUUAGCCCUUAGCUCUAGCUUAGAAGAUUAGCCCACAGUCUUAGUCCAGAGCAAAAGCCUAACUUAUCUUAGCCUAGCCCAACUUAGUACAGCCCAGCCGAGCUUAGCCCAGCCUGGAAAACCCAUUCCAACCCAAAUCAGCCCAGCCAAGCCUAGUACAGCCCAGAAAAGCCUAUGCCAGCCCAUCUUAACCGCGGCCCAGCCCACGUUAGUCUAGCCCAGCCGUGCCUAGUCCAGCCAAGAAAAGCCCAGGCCAGCCGAUCCCAACCGCGGCCCAGCCCACGUUAGUCUAGCCCAGCCGAGCCUAUUCCAGUUAAGAAAAGCCCGGGCCAGCCCAGCCUAGCCCAGCCGAGCCUGGUAUAGUCCAGAAAAGCCUAUCUCAGUCUAGCUUAAUCCAGUCCAGCCCAGAAAAGCCCAGCUCAGCCUUGUUCAUUUUAAUCGAACCCAGCCCAAACUCCAAACCCAGACAGCCUUAACCUUAACCCAAAUUUUAAAAAUUUCUAUUUUCAGACCGCAACAAGAUUUCGUAUCCAUCGUAUCUACGGGUGAACCGAUGCUACAGCUGUAUGAGUCCCAUGUACGAAGAGUUGUUCAAGUCCGGCGAUCUGGGCCAAUACUUUUUCGAACCGCGCAACUUCACGUCCAAAUGUGAACAUCCGGUGGAUCCAACCGGCAUCGGACUGGUACCAUGCAGAGCCAUCUGUCUCACGCUAACACAAGAGUUCACUGUCAUGGGUAAGGACUUCGUUGUGGGACCUAAAAGGUUAUUUUAUUCUGAGUUUAGGCUUAAUUUGGCUAGGAUAGGCUUAGUAAACUUAAGUUAAAAAUGCAUUUUUUAAGUAAAUUUGAAAUGUAAGAUGUUUUCGUGGUGGUACCCAGAAGAGAGGCUUAGUCAACUUAGCGUUACUAGACUUAAGCUUAGUAGGCUUAGGCUUAGUAGACUUAGGCUUAGGCUUAGUAGGCUUAGGCUUAGUAGGCUUAGGCUUAGUAGGCUUAGGCUUAGUAGGCUUAGGCUUAGUAGGCUUAGGCUUAGUAGGCUUAGGCUUAGUAGGCUUAGGCUUAGUAGGCUUAGGCUUAGUAGGCUUAGGCUUAGUAGGCUUAGGCUUAGUAGGCUUAGGCUUAGUAGGCUUAGGCUUAGUAGGCUUAGGCUUAGUAGGCUUAGGCUUAGUAGGCUUAGGCUUAGUAGGCUUAGGCUUAGUAGGCUUAGGCUUAGUAGGCUUAGGCUUAGUAGGCUUAGGCUUAGUAGGCUUAGGCUUAGUAGGCUUAGGCUUAGUAGGCUUAGGCUUAGUAGGCUUAGGCUUAGUAGGCUUAGGCUUAGUAGGCUUAGGCUUAGUAGGCUUAGGCUUAGUAGGCUUAGGCUUAGUAGGCUUAGGCUUAGUAGGCUUAGGCUUAGUAGGCUUAGGCUUAGUAGGCUUAGGCUUAGUAGGCUUAGGCUUAGUAGGCUUAGGCUUAGUAGGCUUAGGCUUAGUAGGCUUAGGCUUAGUAGGCUUAGGCUUAGUAGGCUUAGGCUUAGUAGGCUUAGGCUUAGUAGGCUUAGGCUUAGUAGGCUUAGGCUUAGUAGGCUUAGGCUUAGUAGGCUCAAUCUUAUUUCGCUUAUGUUUGAUAGGCUUAUUUCUUGCUAUGUCUUAAUUUGUCAAAAUCGGCCUCAAACAUGUUUUCGUGGUGAGACCCAAAAUUUUUUUUUGAAACAAAAAAUUUUGGAAAAAUAUGUUUUUAAAGUGGCAUUUUUAUUUAUAUUUAUUAAUUUCAGGUCGAAAAACGGGUCGUCGACUAACAAUGCGCGGCUGUGCCACCUCGCUCAGUCGAUACGGGUUCCACAAUCAGACGAUCGCCCUUUUCGACCAGUACGACCUGUGUCGCGAGGUGAGGGCGUCGGAUCUGUUCCGCUAUGGCAACGAUCCCCAAAUGAUCAACGUGUGCAGUUGUUUGGGGGAUCGAUGUAAUGGCGCUUCGAUGGGCGGGGCGCGAGCCGCGCCCCAACUCAUCUACUUCAUGCUGGGUUUGGCGGUGAUGGCGGGCUUGGUGUUGAGGUGGUGCUAG